AGCGAGCGCCAGAGAGAGCGAGAGAGCGAGCGCCAGAGAGAGCGAGAGAGCGAGCAGAGAGAGCGAGAGAGCGCCAGAGAGAGCGAGAGAGAGCGAGUGAGUGAGUGCUUGAGAGUGAGAGAGAGAGAGCGCCAGAAAGAGCGCCAGAAAGAGCGCCAGAAAGAGCGCCAGAAAGAGCGCCAGAAAGAGCGCCAGAAAGAGCGCCAGAGAGCACCAGAAAGAGAGUGUCAGUAG